UAUGGGUGUGACAGGGAAUAUCUGCUCUUUAAUCCUAUUGGAUGACUGACUCAAACAAACUCCGCAUCUCAUUACUCCCUCCUCUUUCCCCACCCUCGAAUUCCUGUCUGUCUGGAUGUGGGUAUUGAGCGUUUGCGGGGAAAAAUAGCCAAUUAAACGGAACAUUUGAGGAGGAUAAACAAAGACAUUAUCGGGGGACAAUUUCAAAACAUUUUUAUAUUUAUAUCCAGAGGAAAAUACUCAAGUGGAAUCUGUUUACGCCUUGGAUCGUGACCGUGGAAUUAGAAAACCUAGCCUGCUUGCUAACUAAAGAUACUCACAAGUAGCUAUUUUGACAAACUUUUUCGCAGACGUUCGAAAAAGUAACAGCUCUAGGUUUGAUUUGAACGGUCAGCGGACUGUCAGGAGUCGAAUUAUUCUUGCUCGUACUUUGAUUGAUACUGUACAACAACAGAAAGCUGCUUUUGUUGACCGCACACAUUUUUGUCUCAUAUCACGUCUUGGAGCAUGGAAAUAUUAGACAGCGGUGAGCCAUUUUUACACUGGGAACGAAAUCUGAGCGAAUUGUCUGAGCCCGGAGAAAACGACAAUGUUGUGUACAACACACACUUCACAGACCUCUUGGAGGACCUGUCCCAGGAGGCUUUGCUGGGCCAGCUGCUGAGCGACCCCUUCCUGUCGGGGCGGGGCGAGGCCAUGGACACGGAGGAGGAGCUGACCCCCACCUCCCCGGUGCCCCCCCACAUCCAGGCGGAGCACAGUUACUCCCUUAGCGGGGACUCCCGCCCCCAGUCCCCCCUCUCACACCUGCCCGGGGAACGAGAGAGCGAUGCAGGCGAGUCGGAUGGGGAGGACUGGCUCAUGGAGCCAGAGGAGAAGAGCAUGAAGAUGGACCCUCUGCUCUGCGACCCGCCAUCCCUGCUGCCCGCGCUGUCCCUCAGCCUGGCCCCUGAGGGCCCCGCGACCCAGCCCGCGGCCCCCCAGGCCCUGGCCAUCCCCGUCCUGAUCUCCCAGCCCCCACAAGUCAAGAUCAUCAAGGUUAAGGAGGACAGCGAGAGCUUCAGUCCCAAAAUCAAGCUGGAACCCCAUGAGGUGGAUCAGUUCCUCAACCUGUCCCCCAGAGGCCUGGAGUCCCUGCAGCUCCCUCCCACACCCCCCAGCUCUCAUGGCAGCGAUUCGGAGGGCAGCCAGAGCCCCACCCGGCCGUGCGAGCCCCCCAGCCCCACCCAGGCGCAGUCACAGGCCGUCCUGAAGGUGGCGCCCCGCGCCCCCUCCUCCCUCUCCAACUCCCCCCUGCUCACCGCCCCCCAUAAACUGCAGGGCUCAGGACCCCUCCUGCUGACCGAGGAGGAGAAGCGGACGCUCAUCGCUGAGGGGUACCCCGUCCCGACCAAGCUGCCCCUCUCCAAGGCUGAGGAGAAGGCCCUGAAGAAGAUCCGCAGGAAGAUCAAGAACAAGAUCUCUGCCCAGGAAAGCCGAAGGAAGAAGAAGGAGUACAUGGAUACCCUGGAGAAAAAGGUGGAGACAUGCUCCAAUGAGAACAACGAGUUGCGCAGGAAAGUGGAGACUCUGGAGUGCACCAACAAGUCGCUCCUGCAGCAGCUGCAUUCUCUGCAGGCGGUGGUGGCGGGGAAGGUCCCUCGGUCCUGUCGGGUGACGGGCACGCAGACCUCCACCUGCCUCAUGGUGGUGGUGCUGUGCUUCGCCAUGUUCCUGGGCAGUUUCUACCAGGGCCUGGGGCCCUGCUCCUCCCUCACUAAAACAGGCCUGUCCAAAGAGCCCAGGAUGGAGGAGUCCUACACAGCAACCGUGAAGUCCAGGAGUCUGCUGGGGUACGAGGAGCACAGCGGCCUGGAGGAGGCGCACCCCUCCGGGCUGGGAGGGGAGUACCCGGAGGCGUGGGACAGACAGAUGGACGCCAUGGCGACCUGGCGCUCCCUGCAGGAGCAGCGGCAGGAGCAGCAGGAGCAGGCCGAGAGGCUCAGGGCGGAGUCCCAGCCGCCGUUCACCCACAGCAACGAAUCACACGUGCAGAAACCAAUACUCAUAGACCUGCACCCGCACAGAUCACUGGAGCUCCGGAGUAAUGAAAGCACCAAAGUGGUAGAACUGGAGAGGACAGUGAACGAGACGUUCUGAGGUCUGAACCCCCUCCUACCCGCUUCCCCCCUCCACAGUGUCAGAGGCUUGAAAACGCACCCUUUGUAUUUAUAUAUUCUGUUUAAAUAUUGUUUUACAUAUGUAGUUUGUUUUUUUAUGUAUUUCUAUUCCAUUCCAACAUUAUUCGGUAGUCUUUGUUAAUAUUUUAUUUUGUUAAUAUUUCUGUUUUUAUUUUUUUUCCAUUUCUAAAUGUAUUAUAUAUAUUCUUUACUUUCUUCCACCCGUACCUUCUUAUUUGCAGGAGGCUUGGAAGCCUUUUCAGUCGGAAAUAAUAUUGUUAACCCUGGCCGCGUGGAUUUUUAAAAGCCAUUCAAAUUCAUGUCCAAAUAACGAUUUGAAUGCAGGUGUCUACAAUAUGGGUUUUAAAGAAAACCAAAGAGUCACACAGGAGUCAGGUGAUAUAUCACAAAGGUAUUCUGUUCAACAGAUUUUGGAUGUCAUUAAGUGUAUACAGGACUGGGAUAAAAAGUUGGUUGUCCUCCACAUGUGCUACUGAACAGCCGGUCUACAGGGACUGGGGAGAGAUAAACAUAAUCUCCCAGGCAGGAUGACAUGCUUAUGUGGACAUCAACCUUGCCUUUUAAAGUUCACCUAGAUUUAUUCUUCUCUAGUGAACUUGUGGGGCAUAGGAGACAAGAGUCUGAUUUGGUAUAUGGGAUAUUCAAAGCGGCUAAAUCUAAUUGUGGCCCUGUGACAUCAUGCUAGCACUAUACUUGGAAUGAAAAAUCUCAUUCUUUCCCUGUAGUGCCAGGCUUGGUCUCUUCUUGGAAUAAGAAAAUGUAAUCCUAUUUCUGCAUCCCUGUACACUUGUUCUAUGCAUAUAAUGAAAAAGAAAGAAAAAAGAAUCUCAGUUGCAUUUUCUAGAACUAUUAAGUACAUGAGGCUUAGAGGUUGUAUCAAGUGCCAUAUAUUUUAGUGCACUUUUAGAUUUUUGGGGAGGAUGGGGGCAAGGGGGUAGACCUGGCUUGUAUUCUACGGCAGUGUUAAAAUGGACCGGAAGUAGGAAUUGCCCUGACUGUGCCCCCAUUGGCUGCCUUCAGUUUCCAUGUCUGAACUGUAAUGCAGUAGUGGAAAGAAGUCACUGCUGUUUUGACUGGAAUACGUGUCUGUAAAGCCCUGCUCUAUUUCUGCAGAAUUCCCAGUGAAGCCACUUUCUUGGUUUCUUACUAAUUUGUGGUUUUUACAUCAUGGAUUAAACCUACUUCUAGAAAAUAAAACAAACAACAACACAUCUGCUGUGAGCGAACAUGCACUGUGUCCAAAGAAUGAAUCUUAUUUAUUUAUUAAAUGUAGCAUUGUAUUAAUUUUCAGCACCAACAGCAGCAUUUUGAUUUGUCAUAUCACGUCUGGCUAUAACCCAGAAAUACAUUUUUAAUGUGCUCUUAAAAAUAAUGGCAAAUAAAUUUGUCGAUGGUAAUGGGCCGUACAUUUUUACACUGUUUCAACAGUCAUGCAGACUGCCUGCGUGUGGUUUCCCAGCUCUUUAUCGGGCUGGUGGCCCUGUCUGCAAUGGUCUUGUCAUUGAGAUUAAUGUCAUAUGCUUUUGGUUGUAAAAAUGCUUUACUGUCUUGUUCACAGUUCAAACAGGGGAAAUAUGUUCCUGCUCUUUUUUUCUUUUUUUUCCAAAUCAAAUAAAUAUUUUCCUUAGUAAAAGCA